AUGGAAGGAACAAAGUUAAAGUGCCCGCAUUGUCCUGCCAAAGUAGAUUCUCGACGGUUCACAUAUCAUCUCGAAUGCUGUGUAGCAUCAAAAAAAUUUCCUUGUGAUAUUUGUGGUCGGCGAUUUGCAACUCAGAAGGGUGUCUCAGGACAUUUAAGCAGAUUUCAUACUGCGGAUGAGCGUGGAACAGAAUUUAAGUGCAAGUAUUGUGAGCAAGGGUCAAACAGCCGAAAGGACAUGGACAAACAUGAAAUGGUGCAUGAAGAAGCCGGAGGUCCUGGGUUUCGCUCGCGUUCUCGCUCACGUUCUCGUGGACCAGUGGAGAAUCGUUCAGAAACAAGUGUUCAGAGUCCAGCAACUCCAGUUUAUAGGGCUGCGAAUAAUAAUUCUGCAACCAACUAUUCGUUAUCAAAUGAUCUUUUUACAACUCAAAGUGAUGAGAUGAUGCCUCGUUAUCCUACUUCUCGUUCUAGAAGUCUGAAUGUUGAUAGGUCUCGAAGUAAGCCAGCUGUUGUUGCGCAAGUAUCUUCUCAUGUUCGAGACUCUCAAGUUUAUAAACGCCCUACCAAUAUUACGUGGGCGUCUAUAAAUCCUACUCCGAACAAUAUUGCCAAUAUUACACUUUCGAGCUUAAAUUCUAUUCAUAAUCAACGAGAGGAUUUGAAUGUUUCUAGUACAACUGCUGAUGUGAAUCUUGAGCAAAAUGAAUCUCACAUUAACAACACAAAUAUUUUUGAUGGAGAUGCUAUUCGUAAACGAAUGGCCGAAGAAAAUAAAGGAUUCGCUAAUGCUGUUAAGUUGCUUCGCAAGGAAAAUAAAUCACUGCGUACUUUUUGUUUGACAAACGACUUUCAACUGAGUGAUAAUGAUCCUAUUGAACAGAUAAUUCGAGAAUAUGAGAAGCGUUUUGGGUACCUUUCAGAAAGUGAUGAGGAUAUGUAA